AUGAGUGUAUCUGCUGAUCAACGUUUGUGCAUAACUUUAAGAUAUCUAGUGACUGGAGAUGCAAAAUCUACCAUAGCAAGCAGCUAUCGCGUGGGACCUACAACAGUUGGUAGAAUUAUAAGCGAAACAUGCAAUGCCAUAUGGGAAAAAUUGUUGGGAGCAGGACAGUUAAAACGUCCAUCAACGCAAGCAGAAGGGAAAAAAAUAGCUGCAAAUUUUGAGAAACUUUGGCUGUUCCCUAACUGUAUUGGGGCAAUUGAUGGAAAGCAUGUGGUAAUGCAAGCCCCAGCACGUGGAGGUUCCUCUUUUUUUAAUUAUAAAAAGACCCACAGCAUAGUGUUAAUGGCAGUAUGCGAUGCAGACUACAAGUUUUUAUUAGUUGAUAUUGGUGAUAGUGGCCACCAAAGUGACGCAGGUGUAUUUUCAAGCGGAAAUAUUAGGUAUGCAAUCAAUGAAAAUCUCUUUCAGCUCCCCCAACCAAGAUAUUUUCGUGGAUAUGAUAAGGUGAAUUUCCCUUAUGUUUUCGUUGGAGAUGAAGCAUUUCCUUUAAAAAAUCAACUUGGUUAA